ACUGAAAUUUUGCUAUGCAACCCGAGAGCUAUAGCACAUUUUUGUGCCCGAGAGAUGUGGACAUUCCCCUUUCAUUGGCAAUUCUGGAGACAUCAGUAUGUUAGCGCCAUCAUCUUCCCUCGUCUGUUUUAUAUUUCUUGUCAGAUCGGAAGAGGGCUGUUAUGGUCUCAGGACGAGACCCACAGGGGCCAGCGGAAGGCACUUGCACCAGCAUUCAGCAAUGCAGGGAUUCAGAAACUCAUACCAGUAUUCUGG